UCUCCUCCAAUAUUUCCAAAAAUGCUUUGAUCAUCUGUUACCCUAAAUUUCUCUAUAUUUUCAAUCAUCUAUUUAAUGGAGAACCAACCUCACUUCAUCUACUUUUGUCUCUUCCUUUGCUUCAUUAACUCUUUCCACUCGUUCUACUGGUAUAGAUAUAAUAUUUAGAGGCUCGAGUUCUUAUUACUUCUCCUACAGAGAUAUAUGGAGAAGUUGAUAUUUUCCUUAUUUCUGGCGCUACCUUUAAUUUUUACAGAAGCUCAUGUUCCCGGUGGAGGGUUCACCAAGCUUUUCGUUUUCGGGGACUCGUAUGUCGACACUGGGAACGGCGGGAGGCAAGCUACUUCGUGGAAGAAACCAUAUGGGAUCAUUUUUCCUGGGAAGCCGACUGGCCGCUACUCAGACGGCCGUGUCUUCACUGAUUACAUAGCUUCAUGGAUGGGUAUACGGUCUCCCAUUCCUUACCGAUGGAGAAAAAUGGGGAAGAAAGUGCAAGGACAUGGAAUGAAUUUUGCGUAUGGAGGGAGCGGCGUCUUUGACACACUGGUCAAGGCACCAAACAUGACCACUCAAAUCAACCUUUUUCAACAGGUCCUUGAGGAGAAACUCUAUACCAAACGUGACAUUAAGUCAUCCAUUGCUCUGGUAUCCUUGGCUGGCAAUGAUUAUGCUGCAUACCUUGCUGGAAAUGGCACCAUCCAGAGUUUGCCAGCAUUCACCACAUAUCUUAUUAGACAGCUUAGCUUGAAUCUGAAACAUAUUCAUGGCAUGGGAGUGCGAAAAGUGGCAGUAAUGGCGAUACAGCCUCUGGGAUGUUUGCCUCAAGUAUCUGCCUUAACUUCCUAUCCGAACUGCAGUGUUACUGGGAACUCAAUCGCAAAGUUUCACAACCAAAUACUGGAGAAAUCAGUGCAGAAGUUGAACAAGGAAACCAAGGAUUCUGUGUAUAUAAAACUGGAUAUCUAUACCGCUUUUAUGGCUGCAAUGAAGAGUCAAGAAUACCAUCCAGGGACUUCAAAGUUUGAGGAUCCACUGAAGCAGUGUUGUAGAGGUGUAAACAGUGCAUACUCGUGCGGUGAUGUAGACAAGAAUGGGGCUUACAAAUACGUGGUAUGCAAGAAACCCAAUUCAGCAUUCUUUUGGGAUGGUGUGCACCCUACACAAGCAGGUUGGGAUGCAGUUUUCUCAGCUUUAAAAUCUUCCCUCCACAUCCUUUUGGGAUGAUUGCAAAUUUAAGGACGUUUUUUCAAUAUAUGUACACCAAGAGGGAUAUUAAUUCAUCAGGAAUAUGUGCACAAGUGAAGAACAUUACUACUUCAAAUAUGAAAUAAAUUUGAUU